AUGGGUUCCAUUUUUGUGAAUGGUGCACUAUCAGCCUUGGGGUUAAAGCCAGUUGGUUCACUAUUUCUAUUUGCUGAGAUGCUUCUCAAUCUAAGCAUUCCUUGGGUCAUUAUUGGCCAUUCUGAAAGGAGGCUUCUGUUAGGUGAACCAAAUGAGUUUGUUGGAGACAAAGUUGCAUAUGCCCUUGAUCGAGGUUUGAAGGUAAUAACUAGCGUUGGGGAGACCCCUGAGCAGCGAGAAUCAAGAUCGACUAUGGCUGUUGUUGCUGCACAGACUAAGGCAAUUGCAGGAGAAGAAAACUCAAGAUCGUGCUAAAAUCAUUUAGGAGGAUGGGGAAGAGGAAAUUUACAAUAACGCAAGUGUGAAGAUUGCUCUAAAAUUGCUCGAGCAGGUUUCUUGGUGCUUGGUCACAACUAUGGAGUUGGGAAAACUUAGGUUCGAAAUGCCACCGCAACUUCUCAGCUAGGAGUAACUUUGAAGUGUAACUUUUGUUCCCUUUGUUUCUUUCUAACUUUAUGUUAUCUUUUCUUGAAGUAAAAAUAGUUGUGGGAAAAACUUUUUUGGAUAAAAUAUUUGCCUAUAGUGUGGGGUGCAUUUUCUAUUGAACAGUUAUAUUGUUUACAAUGUUUUGUUUGAGUUUUAUUUUGUAUGGUUUGUGAUGAAUUUUUGGUAGAUUUUUUUUGUUGUUGUUUAGGUACUGCGUGCU